UCCGAGCUCUCACGAACUUACCCGAAUAGAGACGACCGCGAUUUUACGACUCAAUUCGUGUGUUCGAAAAUUUUACAAUGUAUUUUCAUAAGAUUCUAAAAUAUUAUUAUCAUUACAAUUUAAUGUGUUUUAAUAGAAUUUCCUAUGUAAUCCUUGGUUUUAUUUAAUAUUAAACUAUGUGCAUUUAUGAAAAAUAUAUAAUCAUAUUAGUUAUUGCAUGUCAAUCGAUAUUCGUCGUGUAGUACGAAACACUCAAUGAUACACGUAGUACUCAUUUCAAAUGAGGUGUUGUAGGUGUUAGCGUUAUUACCUUGUUUUGUUAAUAGCGAAGUGAAAAAAAUAUAUUAAUAUACAACAAAAAGAUACAGUUCUUUUAAAAAUUUAAUAUAAACAUGAAUGCGCCACCAACCUUUGAAUCAUUCUUACUCUACGAGGGAGAGAAAAAGAUAAUAAAGGAGCAGGAUACUAAGGUACCAAAUGCAGCAAUUUUCACAGUGAACAAAGAAGAUCAUACUCUUGGAAAUAUGAUUAGAAACCAACUAUUAAAAGAUCCUCAAGUUUUGUUCGCUGGUUACAAAGUACCUCAUCCAUUGGAACAUAAGUUUGUAAUUAGGAUACAAACAACGUCAGAUUAUACACCACACGAAGCUUUUAUGCACGCAAUAACUGAUCUCAUAGCUGAAUUGUCAUUAUUUGAAGAACGUUUUAAAGAGGCGAUAAAAGAAAAAAAGGAAGGAUUAGAUUAACGAAUUGGAAACUCAUUAUAGGUAUUUACCAAUUAAUAUAAAUAUACAUAUGAAUAUGCAUCAGUAAUCGUUCAAUUUGGGUUAAAUUAACUUUUAACUAUUCAAUUGACUGCUCAGCCUAAUUGUUUGCCCAAAAUGGAUAAUAAAUUACGACAAAUUUUCUAUGAUAUUUAUCUCUAAUAAAAUAUACACUAUUAUACAUAAUUUGAAAAAAUUGUAUUCUUGAA